AGCCUUGCCGACUUUGAGUUGCUCCAGGUCAUCGGCCAGGGCGCCUUUGGCAAAGUUCGCAUGAUCGAACACCGCUCAACAAAACAGCGCUAUGCGCUAAAGUACAUCAGCAAAGCCGAGUGCAUCGACAGACAGGGCGAGCAGAACAUUUUGCGCGAGCGUGACAUCCUCGAGUCGCUCGCCGGCCACCCGCACAUCCCAACACUGCACUACUCGUUCCAAGAUGCACACACGCUAUAUCUUGUUAUGGAACUCAAGGCGGGCAGCGACCUGCGGCAGCAUAUCCAGAGGCAUCGGCAAGGCUUUCCCGAAGCGACCGUGCGGCUGUGGAUUGCCGAAGUGGCCUGCGCCCUGCACUACAUGCAUUCGGCGCAUCAGGUUAUGCAUAGGGAUGUCAAGCCGGAUAAUAUCCUGAUGGACUGUGACGGCCAUGUGAGCCUUGGUGACUUUAACGCCGCCGUCAAGGUUGCCGAAAACGUCGGCGGCGUGACGGGGACAACCAGCUACAUGGCGCCAGAGCUCUUGAUGCGCACGAACUACUCGUACCCGGUCGACUGGUGGUCGCUUGGCAUUGUCCUGUACGAGUGCGUCUACGGCCGCCGGCCGUAUCGGAGGCAGGACCAUGGUGGCUGCCGCGAGCGCCUGAAGAUGGCCAUUACCAAUGAGCCCCUGGUCUUCCCAAGCGACAAUUCAGUGUCUGUCGACUGCAUAGCGCUAAUGCGUGGCCUUUUGUGCACCGACCCCGACCGCCGCCUGGGGUACGAGCGCUUGCGGAAACAUGCUUUUUUUUCCGGCCUGGACUGGACAGCCGUCGAGCAGCGCCGCGCAAAACCUGGGCUUGUGCCUGAUUCCAAGCAUGUUCGCCUGAACACACGCCAACAGAGAAGACCAUGUCGGAUGUUGUCAUGA